AUGCCAUUGCAAGAGUCGGAGGAAGAAUACAUGUCAGAUGUCGUCUAUUCACCAAAUAAUAUCGUAUCGAUCACCACAUCCUCCAAUUUUACUACUGUCCCCGAAUUCUUCUUAAAGCUCGAAGUAGAUCUCGACACGAAGGUUAUAUUAAAGCCAUCUAAAACUCAUUCUCAUUCUACCACAUUAAAUGCGACAUCAAGUCUAUCAGAAGAUGCUCAACAAGGAGAAGAGUCAAUAAUAUAUUAUGACCCCAAACUUUCUUCUGAGACGUUGGAGGAAACGAACACUGCCGUGGCAAGAAAUUUAGAACAUCAACUUCAGCGACCUCUAGGGGACCCACGCGUUAAUCGAAAUUAUGCCAUAAACAUAGUCACAAAACGACAUAAUUUUAUGACGGAAUCGUCGGUUCGUGAACUUUUUGAAGAAUGUGGUCUUGUAAAAGAUUGUGAAAUCGAAAAGAACCCAGAUAACAGUCAAAGCCUUGGCAUAGCGAGGAUCACAUACUUCGGGGAAAUCGAAGGCACGGCCUUAAAUUCAGCAAGAGAAGCCGUCAUUCGAUUUAAUGGAAAACAAAUUUCUGACGGUCAGCCUGUCAAAGUCGAGUUAGACAACGAUGGUUCAAAACUUAGAAUGACAAUAGAGAAAAUGACUUCCGAAUUCAGGUUGCAACGAGAGCAAACUGAACAACACUCACCAAUUAAUCAUAAUAAACACACAACUCCAUUACCUAAUGAUAUUGAUAUGGAAAUUGACGAAAUUCCAUCUCCGUCACCACCGAUUACAAUACCGAUUAAAGCUCCGCUAGAUCCGCCACCACCACGUUCAUCAGAAAACACUAAAAACAACUCCACCACACUUACAGUAUCCUCAACAAAAACAUCAAAGGAACCUGCCAAGAUCAAGCGGGAGAGUCCGGAGAAACAGGAACCGAACCCCGAAAUACUGAUC